AUGUCAUCAUCUGAGAUCAAGAGGUCGUCUUUAGAAGAUUUGGCUCGAGGUCAAUCCCUGCAAUCCUCUCAUCUGGCUGUGGAGGCGUUGCGGAUUGCGACUGAGUCAACGGCAGCAGCAGAAGCAGAUGGAGACAGGUUCCUGGAACACUUGCGACAACAUUCACAUGGCCAGCGACAGCAUAUAGGAGAAAGUUCUAGUCAUGAAAACGGUAAUGAGGACGGGAUUGAGUUAACGGAAUACGACUUGAAGUCAAGAGACUCUAAAUACAAACGAUGGUCACCUAAGAUGGAUCAGUACUUGAUAAGUCUACUAUCAGAUAUUGUGCAUAGUUUUCCAAAGGGUGUGGAACCAGAGAUGACGAAGAAGGCUUGGGCCUAUGUUACUGGAAAAUUAAGAGCAGCGAACCCUGAGACUGUGUACUCCACUUACACCAAAUACUCAUGUCAGCAACAUCUUAUCAAUGUGAAUCAUCAUAGGUACAAAAUUUGGUAUGUAUUAGUGCUACAUCAAAAAAAUAACUCUUCUCAAACAGGAUACUCUUAUAGAUGGAACCCAGAUGUUGGAAGAUUUCAGGUAAUUGAUGAAAGUAGAAACUCGCUAAUUCUCGAUGAACGACAAGUGAAGUCUUUGUUGUAUGGCGAUUCUUUGUCUUUGCCCUCUUUAUCAUCAUUUAACAAGGGGAAUUUAAUAGCAAGCGACUUUUUCUUGAGCGAUAACUUGAGGUAUAUUUCAGUGUACCAUAACGAGGUACUUCCAUUACUAAUAAAGAUGGAUAGUAAGUUUGCAGAGGAUUUAGGUGAUAUUUAUGCAGAAAUUCCAAAAUUCGACUUUCGAGACUCAAGAAAAGGGUAUUUUAAACCAUUGAUACCAGUAAAGCUGCUCAAAAGUUCAUCUCCAAACUCCGCAUCGAAGCCUAAAAAGCGUGUCCAUUCAAGUGACGUACCGGAUGUUACUAUUUCGUUUGCGCAAGGAAUGGCUAUACCUAAUGGUUCAAGUGUUCUGCAUGAAGAUGACUCAGUUGAUCCAGUUUUAAAGAGAUCACGGAACAUAGAAUCCACUGAUUUUGAAAAUGUUCUUGCUUCAGCAGCUAUUGCUGCAAUAAAUUCCCCUCCAGUUUCAAAUGGACGAGAUUCGACUCCACUCUAUAUUAAAGAUCGAAAAUGGUUUAAUAAAUUGUUAUCUUACCAAGAAUCCGGUCAUCUAAGUGUCUCUGAAGUCUUGUCGGUAUGUGAAGGAGUCAGAGAUGGAAAGAUUCCAUUAUUCAUGCUAAAUGUUUUAGAUAACAGCUACUACUCAAGCAGUGAUUCCGAUGUUUUGGAUCUCACAGAUGACGAGGUUGUUAAAAGAAUAAGAGAAUUCAUGAUACCAAUGACAUAUAAUUCUUGA